CUCAAAUACUUUCGCCCUGACGUGUUUGAGUCCGCUAGGUUAAGAUGUGAUGAGAGAAUUAAACAGCGGUGAAGCGCCAGACGGAGACAGCGAAAGCUAAGCUCAUCUCACAAACCGACGGUGGUCAGCGACCACAGCCUCGACCACAGAAACACAGGCUGCUCAUUGCAGUGAGUCAGUAUCAUGGAGGCAGGCAGCGGGGCUGCCGCAGCGGUGGGGAGUGCAGCACUAGGACUGCUGGGAGCCACAGCCACGUCCAGCCAUGACAUCUUGGACAGGGGCCUGAGGACUGGACGUCAUUUGGAGGACGACGAUAUUGUGCCUGAGCUCGCUCACAUCCAUCCCAGAGAGAGACCUGAUUGGGAGGAGACCAUCAGUGCCAUGGCAAGGAGUGCAGAGAUCCCUGAGCUGAGGACGGAGCCCCUCAUGCGCUCCUGCAGCAGCAGCACAGCCAGCAUGAAGGUCAAGAAUGUCAAGAAACUUUGCUUCACCAAGGGCCACUUCCCGAAACUGGCAGAGUGCGCUCACUUCCACUAUGAAAACGUGGACUUUGGCACAAUUCAGUUGACCCUUGGGGAUGAACAGUGUGAAGUGACGCGGAACGGCUGUGAGUCUAAAGAGCUGGUGUACUUGGUUCAUAUUUACUGCCAGGGUCGUAGUUGGAUUGUGAAGCGCAGCUAUGAGGAUUUCCGUGUCCUGGACAAGCACCUGCACCUCUGCAUCUAUGACCGACGCUUCUCCCAGCUGCCUGAGCUGCCUCGAUUGGACAGUCUGACUGAUCAGUCAGAGUCAGUUUCCCAGAUGUUGUUAGCUUACCUCUCCCGGCUUUCAGCCAUCGCUGACAACAAGAUCAACUGUGGGCCUGCCCUCACAUGGAUGGAGGUCGACAAUAAGGGAAAUCAUCUGUUGGUGCAUGAGGAGUCGUCAAUCAAUGUGCCAGCUAUUGCUGCUGCACACGUCAUCAAGCGCUACAUCGCUCAGGCCUCAGACGAGCUGUCGUUUGAGGUUGGCGACAUUGUAUCAGUGAUUGACAUGCCCCCUAAAGAAGACACCACAUGGUGGAGGGGCAAGCAUGGCUUUCAGGUUGGCUUCUUUCCCAGCGAAUGUGUGGAGCUCAUAAAUGAUAAAGUGCCGCAGUCCAUGACCAACACGGUGCCAAAACCAGUGUCUAAGAAGCACGGGAAACUGAUCACCUUCUUGCGCUCCUUCAUGAAGUCCAGGCCCACCAAGCAGAAGCUGAAGCAGAGAGGCAUCCUUCGGGAGAGGGUGUUCGGCUGCGACCUGGGAGAACACCUUCUCAACUCAGGACAUGAUGUGCCCCAGGUCCUCAAGAGCUGCACUGAGUUCAUCGAGAAGCAUGGUGUGGUGGACGGCAUCUACCGCCUGUCCGGAAUUGCCUCAAAUAUCCAGAAAUUGCGGCAUGAGUUUGACUCAGAGCAGAUCCCUGACCUGACCAAAGAUGUUUAUAUCCAAGACAUCCACUGUGUUGGCUCGCUGUGUAAGCUCUACUUCAGAGAGCUGCCCAACCCCCUGCUUACCUACCAGCUCUAUGAGAAAUUCUCUGAUGCUGUAUCAGCAGCAACAGACGAAGAACGACUCAUUAAAAUCCAUGACGUCAUCCAGCAGCUUCCUCCACCGCAUUACAGGACCCUGGAGUUCCUCAUGAGGCACCUUUCCCGCCUGGCGGCGUUCAGCUACAUCACCAAUAUGCACAGUAAGAACCUGGCCAUCGUCUGGGCACCCAACCUACUGAGGUCUAAACAGAUUGAAUCUGCGUGCUUCAGCGGCACGGCAGCCUUCAUGGAAGUCCGAAUCCAGUCAGUGGUGGUGGAGUUUAUCCUCAACCAUGUGGAUGUUCUCUUCAGCACUAAACUUAGCUCACUAAUCCGAGAGGGAGCAGGUCACAACUCAUUGUCACGGCCCAAAUCCCUGCUGGUUUCAUCACCCUCUACCAAACUCCUGAGCCUUGAGGAGGCCCAGGCCAGGACCCAGGCUCAGAUCAACUCUCCAGUUACUGAAGACAGCAAGUACAUUGAGGUGGGCGAAGGCCCGGCUGCCCUGCAGGGCAAGUUCCACACUGUCAUCGAGUUUCCGACUGAGAGGAAGAGGCCUCCUAUUAAGUCCAAGAAGUCUCCUGUUGGUAGUUGGCGUUCUUUCUUCAACCUGGGCAAAUCUUCCUCCAUGUCCAAGCGCAAGCUACACCGCAACCCCAGUGAGCCCAAUGAACUCAAGGCCAUGGCUCUUGCUGGAGGCAGAGGAGACACAGCAACUUUAAGAUCAGCCAAAAGUGAAGAGUCACUAAGUUCCCUGCACAAUGUUGAAGGAGAGUCCAAGGUGUACCGUCCUCGGCGGCCACGCUCCAGCAGCGAUGCCCUGUCAGCCUCAUUUAAUGGUGAGCUGCUGGACAGCCGGCAGCACUGCAACUCCUACGACAACCUGGACGCCACAGAGGACAGCGACGGAGACGACGGACCCAUCUGUGUGCCUGCCCUCAUCUCACCUCCCCGCUCAGCUGGUGAAGAAGUGGACCUCAGCCCGCCAGACAUUGGCAUGGCCUCCUUGGACUUUGACCCUAUGUCUUUCCAGUGCAGUCUCCCAGACACCUCCUAUGCCUUCCCACUUGACGACUCACCAGCUGGGGCAGAGGGCUCUAUGUUAAAGAGGAGCCCUGGCAGUGUCUGUGGCAAGACCAAUGGCUCUGACCUCAUCUCUGCCACCUUCCUGGGCAGCUUGACGUCCCCCUUGUUGUCCACAGACUUCAGCCGGGCUGCUGGAGAGAAGGUGGAAAGCAAGAAACUGACCACAUCCUAUUCUUACACUGAUAAACCCACACAGGCUGUGUCACCUAUUAAAUGUGGAAAGACCACUAGUUUGACACCAUUUGCCACUUCAGAGCUUUUCUCUACAGAGACGCCUGACAAGAAUACAGCUGGACAGGUUGUGUCUCCACAACCAUUAUCUCCUCCUUCAGUAGCCAAAGACUCUCCCCCACUGAUGGGCAGCGUGUUGCUGAGGGCAGCCGAGCCGUCACUAAGUGAAGCUUUCCAAAUAGAGCUGCACUCGAAGCUGACAACCUUUGACAGUGUGGACAGUCAAGAGCUGAAGGGAGAGGACAGUGGACAGCAGCCACCAGCUGCCAGCAGCCAAGAGCACCAGGGAGUCAUAGCUCCGGACUCUUCAAAGGACCUCACCCCUCGUUCCUUCAGCUCUACAGUUCCCACUUCUGCCCAUCCUCCUCCUCCCCCUCCUAAAAAUGCUGCCCGCAUGUUGGCCCUGGCCCUCGCCGAGUCUGCCCAACAGGUCUCCAUUCAGUCUCAGUCGCGGUCUUCUGAGCCCCCUGCACCAGUGUCCCCACUUCAGCCACAGGAGGCCUCUAACUUCCAGGAUGCACAUUUCCAGACUUCCUCAGAGGUGGGAGCAGGGAGAGGAAGUUCCCCACCACCUAACAGCACUGCUUUGACUCUCACCCCGGCUUCAUCUUAUCCCUCCACUUUCAGUCCUACAAUCAACCAGCAGCCACCAGAGUUAACCAGCACGAUUACCAAGCUUUCAGACAGUGCCAAGUCCUCUACUACUCCACCUGGUCCCCAGCCUGAAACAGACUCCACUCCACCAGACAGUCCUCGUUACAAUUGUGCCCCACUUCCCAGCUCAAUCAGCCUGACUUCUCCAAUCAGAAAAAGUCCAGAAAGACAGCAGGCUGCCACAAGACAGAUCCCAGUCUGUACCAACUCCUCCAGUAACAGUCCAGCCACCACCCCCAGCGGCAGCUGCAAAGACAUGGGAGUCUUACCACAGCCUGUAACUGAGGUCAAACCAGAGGAGAAUGCACCACCCCCAGUUCUUCCAAAACCCUUGGAGCGGCCCCCUCCAGCAACUCAAAAGCCCAAAAGGCAGGCUGUCUCACUGUCCCAGCAUCAAACUCCAACUCAACAGCAGAGCCAAGCUCAGACACAGCCUCAUCUUCCAACCCAGCUUCAACCUCAUACACUGCCACAUCCACACUCUCAUCUGUCAUCACAGCCUCACACACAAUCACAGACACAGGUCCAGUCCCACCCCCAUAUCCAACCUCAGCCCCUUCCGAAGGCUAGUGCAAGAGUGGCCCCCACCUCUGCUGAGCCUGUGGAGAAGCCUUGGGAGGCCAUAAAGCCAGUACAGCCCUGCAUAGAGUCUGCAAAGUACCACGACUCGUACGGACCCGCACCUCCAGCCCCUCCUGUCCGCACCAUAGAAAGCAAACUGGCCACAGCAGCACUCAGCCAAAGUGAUGCCUCCUACCAUAUCCUGGCUGAAGGCCCUGCACCUGGCCCUCUGGAGGACGCUCUGCCUCACCAUCCUCUUUCUCCUCGUAAAUCUUCCACACACCAGCCACCCUACCUGUACCAUGCCAAAGGAGAGCCAGUCUUAAUUGAGCCCCCAGGAGCUGCAUACUACCACCAGAGGCCUGUUCCUCUAGGCCCACAAUCCAUGCCACACCACUACCGGCCAGACAGUGUCCCUCCACACCUCUCCUUUGUGUCCAAAUCUGAGCCUCAGAUACCCUACAUUGCUCGAGUAGACAACAGAUACAGCACUUUAGGCCCCAGGUCCUACCACCACUCAAUAAAGUCCAGAGGAAACAGCCGCAGUGUGUACGUGUCUCCAGGGCCAGGCCAUCAGGGUUAUAGCCAUGACAGAACACAUGGCUAUCCCACCAUCCGCAGAGUGCACUCACUCCAUGUUCCUUCCACUAUCCGCUCAGUGCCCAUCCAAAGGACUGAAGUUCCUCCAGAUGAUGAUAUGUUCUUCUACCACCGCUCCAUGUACCAGUGCAAAGCCUACCAGCAACCCACGCAGCAGUCUUCACAAGCCGACUACCACGUCACCCAACUGCAGCCUUACUUUGAGAAUGGACGGGUUCAGUACCGCUACAGCCCAUACUCCGGUUCAAGCCCUUUAGAGGCACCCUUCUAUGAUAUUGACCCCUAUGGCACCAUCCGAGUCCGGCACCUCCACUCCUUUGCCCGAGAUCCGGGAGCUGCUGCUGGCCGAGCAGGUGGAAAGGCGUCUGGAUAUCACUACCUCGCUCGUCAUGUUCUUCCACCUGGGAAAGAGCACAGUUUUGUGAGCAGAGACAUGCCCCCCGGUCAUGGAAACAAGGAAGCUGCUGCUUAUCUCGCUUGGGACCCAGAGGAGUCAGAAAGGCUCCGCAUGCACUCCAUUCGCAGGGAGAGCAGGGCGAGACAGAAGAUUAAAGGUCCUGUCCUCUCUCAGUAUGAUAAUGUCGGAUUGUUUGCACCAGCAGAUUUAUCAGGCUAUGAAACCAUGCACCUGCGCAGUAAAUCUGACCCAGGUAAAGCUGUGCUGGUUGCAGCCGAGAGCAAAGAUGGGCGCUACCUCCCUAGACAUAUGGUGUCAGACCCUGACGUCCUCAUGUACAUGGAGACUGACAAGCAUGUCCAGGGCAGCGCAGCAGCGGACAAGUCAGAUGGGCUCGCCAAGCAAAGCAGUUCCAAGAAAUGCCAAUCCUCUCACUCCCUUCCAGCCACUCUGAGCCACAGUCUCUCACAUCAGCAGGAGAGCGGCCGACACGAGACUGGAGACGACAAACAGGGUGGAGACAGCAGCAGGUCCAAACACUGGCAGCAGGAGUAUCCCAACAAGAGGAAUUUCCAGCCGCGUUACGAGUGUCCCGAUUCUGCCCAUCACCAGAGCAAAGUCAAAACAUCAAGCAGCUACCACAAUACAGAUGAGCAGCCAGCAGCCCCCAGGGAACAACUUGCCCGCUCCAAACCCGAGCGGUCACACAGCAUCCAAGAGCAGCAGCACUACAGCCAGGGGAAGCCUGAACUGGACAGAGACUACUCAUAUCAGAAACACAGCACUAAAAUGGUGCAGUCCCACUAUGAUAACUUGGACGAUUACCACCCAGUACCUCAGCCUCAGGCCCCUGUUCAAAAACGUGGAGGCUCCAGCUCGUAUCCCGCCUCAGGAUUCACAGCGAGCCACAACAACAGAGCAUACUCCACAGCACUGGGCCAGGGAGCCUUUAUCCAGACUGACCUGGCCAUGCAGAGGCCAGAGACAGAGAUCCGUACAGAUUGAAGCAUUUGGGGGGGAAAUGUGUGAACUUAUCUUUGCUGAGUAGAAGAAAGACUCUGUUGAGCUACGGUUGAGCAGCCUCUGCAGGACAGUGGACUGUUGUAUCACCAAUAUUUUUGCUCUUCUGUAUUUUUAAUAAAUUGUAAAGGAAAUUGUAAAAAUUUUUACAGAAAGUCCUGAAUGUACCUGAAAUUACUGUCCAAGAGGUCAUAUUAUUGUGAUUGAUUGAGACAGUAGCCAGUCAUAAAUGUAUAUGAUAUGAAAGACAAAAGGUACAUUUACAGGAUCUACAAAAAUGUAAAAUAUAUAUACUAUAUAUGAAUAGAAUCACUAGUAAAAAGGGAUUUUUAGUUGUAUUUUGUUUUUCUUUUAGGUGUGGCGCUGGGUAUGAGCAUCAACUGGGAUUAAGGUUUGCAUUUUAGAAAUGCAUGCACUCUCUUACAGAACAGUUCUGUGUACUUCACUCUCCAUUGUGUUUUUCAGGAUGUUACAGCACAAGUAACUGAAGGAGGAUACGUGUAGGUCAUCACGCCCUCCCUCUGCUAAUAUGUAUACGAGCAGGUACGGCGUCGAUGUUUGUCUUGAAGAAGCCGUCUGGGUGUGAGGUUUGACAAAGAGCUGCAAUGGGCUACUUUCAGUUAGUGAUUUUCAAUGUCGAAUUUUCUCUGUGACUGUGCCAUUUCAUGAAACCUUGAAACAGAGUUCAGUGACUUCUAAGGGAAUGUUUUGGUACUGAAUUGGAAGAGGGACCAAACAACUUGGCGCAGUUGUUGCACAUAUGGGAUAAAGAGGUGAAGAUGGACGAAUGCCUGUUUACCUCUUAGAUGUGUAAGCAGAUGUGUAAGAGGUUCUUUUUAUUUCCUUCUUUUCAUUGCAUUUAUGGUACUUUCAUGAACUGGACUGACCGAAUAAAGCUGAAAACAUUGUCCUCUCAAACAACGUGGUGAAGAACAUGUUGCCACUGCCUUGUGGGAGGAACAACGUGGUGAUGAGCCUUACAUUUUGUUCCUACACACCAUAUUUUGUUUGCUGUCAUUCUCAAAUCCAUUCCAUAAUGCACAAACAUUAUGAUAUCUAGAUUUAAGAUCACUUUUGAUGAUUCUUGACCGUUCAGGGUUGACAGGAGACCUGAUGGGGUUAUUUUGUAUCGCCUCACUGGUUCCCAAUUUAAAACAACAAGGGAGGGAAAUGUUUUUCUAAAGAUAUCUGGGGCCAUGUAUUUUCAGGCUGGAAAUCCAUGUAUAGUACAUUCAUCUGGUAUUAUACUACAUGACCUUUUGGUUGACAAUAAUGUAUGGAUUACUAUAUGUGUAAAAUAUGUCCAAAUCCAGGUUGUACUCUGUAACUGUUUGACUUCUAUAUCGCUUGCAGGUUGCUCCUCUUGCCUUAUCUAAAGCCUCUACCUUUUCAGAUGAGGCAUUGAAGUAAGGCACUGUGUACUUGAAUGUGAAAACACUCUUGUCUCAAACUAGAGGUAUCUAAAGUUAGAUAUGAAAUAAAUAAAACUGUU